UAACAGUAGUGCUGUGACUGUUCAGCCAGGAGCCUGAGCUCACAAAUCCAAGUCAAGGAGAAAGGACAGGACACUGCACAUUUCUGCAACAGGACAACACACUAUUUAAAGCAACAUUUCAACAGUUCGAGGCAACGACAGCAAUGAAGACAACACUGGCAACCGUGACUCUCUGCCUGGUGGUGCUCAUGGCCACAGGUUUCCCCUUUGAGAGGAAAGGGGGCUCACCCACUGGCAGUGCUGCCAAGGAGAAGCGUGUACAGUACGCAGCAUGGGAUGAUGUAAAUGUCAUUGCCCAUGGCCUGCUGCAGCUGGGCCAGGGGCUGAAGGAGCAUGUGGACAAAACCAAAGUCCAGAUGAGGGACAUUUUCAGCAAGCUGAAGGUCUUCAAUCGUACUGUGACCGAGCUGGGGAAGGAAAGCCAGAGGCUGAGAGAGGAGGGAGAUGCCCUGAAGGCUCGGGCCCACGGGCUGGAAGACAGAGAGGGGCAGCUGCUGAAUGUCACAGCCGAGUUGAGGGAGAAGGCGGAGGAGAUGCAGCAGGAGAGGAGGACGAUGAGUGAGAGGAUGAACCGGCUGGAGGAGAGAGUGGACAGCAUGCUACAAGGAGAUGCGGUGCUGCCUGACACCAACACUGGUGCCAAGAACAACAGUGAUGCUCACAACAUUCAGCUGAUGCUGGAGGCCCAGAACAGGCGCAUUGAUGAUCUGAUGGAGCGGAUCAGACUCCAGCAGGAGAAGCUUGACAAGCAGAAUGUGCGCAUCAGGACGCUGCAAAGUCAGGUUCAACAGUCACGACAGAGAUCUGCAUCCCCGCGGAGCAGCAACACUAACGGCUCCGUGCAAGGCGGCGUCGUGGAGCAGCGUGACUCACCAGUUGAAAUUGCAUCAGACUGUCAUGAGUUGUUCCUGAGAGGAGAGACCACCAGUGGGGUGUACACCAUCCAGCCAAUGAAUGCAGAGCCUUUUAAAGUCUACUGUGAGAUGACAGCUGAUGGUGGGUGGACAGUUAUCCAAAAACGCCAAGAUGGCUCAGUGGACUUUGACCAGCUGUGGCAGGCCUACGAGAAAGGCUUUGGCAGCCUGAAUGGAGAGUUCUGGUUGGGUCUAGAAAAGAUGCACUCCAUUUCUAAAGGCGGUGACUACAUCCUCACCAUCAAGCUCUCUGACUGGAGUGGUGACAUAGCAUCCAUCCGCCUUCCCUUCCACCUGGGCGGAGCGGAAACUAAGUACUCGCUAAAGAUUCAGAAGGCCGAUGCUUUCAGCACCUUGGAGAGUUCUCUGGGGACUGACGCCACCUCCGGCCUCCCCUUUUCCACCCGUGACCAAGACAACGACCAGAAAAAGGACACAAAUUGCGCCAAGCACCUCUCUGGUGGCUGGUGGUUCAGCAACUGUGGUCGCUCCAACUUAAACGGUAGAUACUUCCAGAGUCCCGCUCCCAAACAGCGGCACCAGAGGAAGCAAGGCAUUUUCUGGAAGACCUGGAGGGGUCGCUACUACCCUCUGAAGUACAGCAUGAUGAUGAUCGCCCCCGCUGAGGUGGAAAACAAGUCAUAAAGAGACAGAAAGAGAAAGUCGAGACAUAAAAAAGGGGAGAAAGAAGUAGAUUUUGGACUACUCUUUCUUUUCUUGGUGCUUAGUUGAUGAGGCAGAGGUUUCCAUGUUUCCUGGUCGUCUCCCCCACGAGGAAGACCUCACACCAGAACCCAGGCCCUCAAAAUAGAAGCAAAAAGAACACACAUUCAGUGAGUUCCAGGUUUCCACUGCUCUGUUCUCUGAGAGACAGAUUUCUCCGCUGCAGGUAAAGCCACAGAUGGAAAAAGAGAAAAGUAAACAUGCAGUGGAAAACCUUUUAUAUGUUGUACCACUGCAAUUGAUUCCUUCUGUUGGUAUGAAGCAGCAGGGGCCCUUAAUCAGGAGAGUGCCACAGAGCAAGUCCCGGCCUGUCCACUGUGCUGUAAGCCACAAAGGAUUUCCAACAAGUCGAGACUCAUCACCAGACGUGGUGCCAAGUCUGUAUGUAGGCUGUUGUUGAGUUUGAAUGUGUUUUUUGUUGUUGUUAUUGUUUUUUGUAGCAAGUAAACAGCACUGUCAGCUCAAAAACAGCUUGAGAAUUGCUCUUUUUUUUUGUUUUUUUGUAAAGCAUGCAUGCAGGAUAUAAAUACAGGCCAGUUAAGUAAGCCUUUUAACCCAAUGGUGCGGACCAAAUGGUGACUUAAUUCAAACAAAGAGUCAUUUUCUACAUGAGCAUGAUAAGAUUAGUGCUCAAAAACAUUAUGUAAAGUUAUAAAUCACUGUAAAUUAGGAUUACAAUGCAGAAACUGUGUUAAGCAGUUUGUGGGGCACUGAAGACCAUGUCAGCCUUUUUAUAAUAUAUUUAUGCCUGCAAUUUCAAAUCAAAUUUAACAUAUUCUUCACUGACCUUAUUUAAUUAAGGGUUUUGACGAUGGUAAGUCAUAUUGACUUCUUUUAAGAUGAGAGACACGGUUUGUACAUAGUGUAUGAAGGAAUGUCGUCUGUCUUUUCAGAAAUAUAACUGUUACUGAUUUGUUGUGACAUCUGUCGUCCUUUGUGACUUGAGAGUUUGUUAUUGUAGAUGUUGCCUUUUCUUAUUUAAAUGCUGUAAAGAAUCAAUAUAUAUAUUUCUGGUGCUGCCUGUUUGUAAUUUAUAUUGUCUUUGUUGUGUAAAAUGUGUUUUUUAAAAGAAAAUAGCCAUUUUUUGGCCACAAGGAGCCAAUAAAAUUGAUUUCAACUCAAA